AUGGUGACUAUCAUUCUGGUACAUUGGCUGCUUACAGUGUGGGGAUGCAUGAAUUACAUGUUGCCAGUCUCCUAUGCCUGGGGAAAUUUCAGUGUCCUUGCAGUGGGAAUCUGGGCCAUUGUGCAGCGAGAUUCCCUUGAUGCCAUAACAAUGUUCUUGACUGGCCUGCUGCUCACAGUCCUCACAGACAUCAUUCACAUCUCUAUCUUCUACCCUGCACGUGACUUCCUCAGUGAUGCAAAGCGUUUCAGUAUAGGCAUGGCCAUCUUCAGUCUCCUGCUCAAACCUGUGUCCUGCUAUUUGGUGUAUCGAAUGUACCGGGAGCGUGGAGGAGAGUGCACCUUGAACAUAGGUGUCGCCGGUGCAGGCCAGGACCGCAGCGCCUACGAGCGCAUCGAUCAGCCAGAGGGGCCUCCACAGUGGCCUUCCCCCAGCAAGGCAGCCCAGCCGCCCUACUGAGCACCCUGCAGCCUGGGACAAACACUGCCCUCACCCAGCCAGGCCUGCCACCCUUCCCAUGCAGCAGCACCUGCUACUGGGCACACAGGAGAAGAGCUGAUAAUUCUUUUGGCUGCCUAAAGGUUAGGCAGAUGGGUUCUGCACUAAGUCCAGAAGGUCUUGGAGGUGUCAUGUUAAGCACUGUGACUCACUGUAAUCCCAGUACUCUCCUUUCCUCCCUGCCCCUGAAUCCCUCCUCUGUACAUGUGACUGGAUGCACCUUCUGCAGCCUUCUAGUCUUUCAUUGUGUUUCUUCUUUGUUAUAAGAGAACCACUCAAAGUACUUCUGGACAAGCAAUCUUUAAGAAAAGGCUUAUGGACUGCCCUAAAACAAUACAGUGUAGCCUGAUUUUAUGCAGAUAUAUUUCCAGGAAACAUCUAGGAGUUCCCAAGUGCUAUUUUUGAUGGCAUUAUUUAACUUCUUGUGCUCCCAGUAUCUGGUAUUGGGUUUUAUUAACUUAUGCUUGUACACAAAUUGAAUGUCCUUCAGGAUACUUCAAAUGACUCUUGAAUGUAGAUUAUAGAUCCUUUGUGCCUUGAAAUAUCCUUUUGCCUUCAUCUGCUUGUCUUGACAGAAUUUGAAAUAUUACAUUUUUCUAAGAAAACUAUAAAAUGGACACAGUUUUUCUGUGUUAGAAAAAGUUACACUGGUCACUUUUGUUUCAUUUGAAAAUGUAGCUUUUCCUGAGGGUUUGGGACUGCAGCCAGGCAUUCUGGGAGGUCAUUAUGAGGGAACGUCUAAAGGCUCUGAUGGCUUUUAGCCUAAGCUUUACUCUGAGAAGUCAAAGAUACUUCUUAUAAUUGUGUGGGUGGGAAGAUGGGCCAGUAAAAUGGGGAUUGAGGAAAGAUGGACUUAUUUACUCUGUAGAUGUUCCAUUGGAUAUGUUGUUAUGCACGAUAAAUUCAUCCUGCUGUGGCUUUCAGGUAAGAUUCUAAAAAAAAAAACUGACCAAACAAAACCCCAGAAGCAAACAAACCAACAGAUUUCAACAGGAUUCAUUUACAGAAGAAAAUGAGUAUGUUAGCUUUGGCAGAAUUCUAGUGCUGGAAGGCAGGUAUUUUCCUGAAGCAAGUUCAUUUUCAAAGUUUAUAUUGUUAUUUUACAACUGCUUUUGUCUUGACAAGAGCUGCUGCUGUGUUGAUUCUUCAGUAACCAAGACCCCUGUGGACUUUGCUCUAACCUCCAGAAGCAUGCCAUUUGUAUUUUUAAAAUCAAGCAGUUUUCUCCCAACUUUUAUCACUUCAAACAUAAGCAGGUGCUUCCUCCACUUUGCUGCACAAGCACUACAGUGAUCUCUGGUGUACCCGAACCAAGCACAUGGUGAAUGCCACAGAAAUGUUGUGCAUUCUUUUUACAGGCUUUGUGUAUAAUAGGGCACAAGAAUAGGAAUUAGUCUUUUCUUGUGAUUAGAUGGCAAAGAAGGAAAGAGUAGGCAGAAGUUGCGGGGCUUGUGGAGUUCCAGAGCCUUUAUGUGAAUGGGUUUUUUCAGCUGUUUAGAACUGUACAGUGACAGCACCGAUCCCUGAAUAAGACAUUUAAAUGCUCUGGGUUUUUUUACCUAGACCCAUGGACCACAGACAGAAAAAUCACUGCUUUUAAUGCUGUGGGGUUUGGGUGUUGGCACAGUCAGUUGUAUCUAGGGAGGCCUUCCCAGACGUUAGACAUUGGAAAUACCCAUUUAGCUGACCUGCCAUGUGUUUUUCUGUGGAAAAUUUGGUACCUUUGGGAGCUCCGGGAAGCAGAGCAAGGCACGAGUAACACUCAUCUUACAGUGCCUCAAGGAUACCUAUUUAGGGCAGUAAAUCAGAGGUGAUGCUAAAAACAAACCCCUCUCCUGGCUGAGGAGGAAGAGAGUGUUUGUCUCUAGUUCAGGAGGGCGUGAGGGGAUUCAGUGCCAGAGCAUGCAGGGCCUCGCUGGCUUCACUCUGUUCACUCUCGUGGGGUCUCUGCAGACAACUGCAAUGUUCCAUUCAGCUGGUUUUGCUUCGUUUUUUAAAACCCUCAUGUGCUGCUGUUCCUGGGGUUUUGGUGGUGAGCGGGCAGCUCCCUCAGCCCUGGUGGGCUCGGGUAGGAAGAGGAAGACAUGGCGCCUUGUCCUGAGGCACUGCCCGGGACAGGCAUGGCUCCCGCCCAGGAUAAGCCCUCCUCUCCCCAGCCGAGCCCCGGUUUUAAUUAGCCAUAGCCCAGAGCGGCUUUCCCCGGCCAUCUGUAGCCCCGGUGACUGAGCUAAUCGUGGGCAUAAGCCGCUUAUGGAGCCGCAGCUGGAGCGGCCGCGGGCCUGAGGGGGCCGAGGGCGCCGAGGGCGGCUGUGGCCGUGGAGGAAGCAGAGGCUCGGACGCAUGUGGGCAGCCCCUGGGGCCCAGCAAUUACCCCAGAGUGGGUAAGUGGGGCCGAGCGGUGCCUCCUGCAGUGGGUAAGUGCUGCCUUUAGCAGUGGGUGAGUGAAGCUGAGUGCUGCCUCUCACAGUGGGUGAGUGCAGCCCAGCGCUGCCUGUCACACUGGGUGAAUGGGGCCCAGUGCUGCCUCUCUCAAUGGGUAAGUGAAGCUGAGUGGUGCCUUUCACACUGGGUGAGUGGGGCUCAGCGGUGCCUCUUGCAGUGGGUGAGUGCUGCCUCUCGCAGUGGGUAAGGACAGCCCAGUGCUGCCUCUCACAGUGGGCGAGUGCA